UGCCUAUGUCUCUGUUCUCUCUGUGUGUCUCUCAUGAAUGAAUAAAUAAAUAAAAUCUUACAAAAGAAAAAUAAAGGGAAAUUUGGACCCAGAGAGACACAGGGGGAAAGGGCUUGUGAAUAUAGAAGUAGAGAUUUAAGUGAUACAUCUACAAGCUGAGGAAUACCAAGGAUUGCUGGCAGCCACCAGAAGUGCAGAGAGAGGCCUGGAACAGAUUGUCCCACCAAACUGCCAGGCGGAAGUAACCCUGCUAAGCCCUGAUUUUGGACUCUUGCCCUCCAGAGCUGUUAGAGACUACAUUUCUGUUGUUUUAAGCCAUUCAUUUUAUAGUACUUUGUUAUGGCCCUAGGAAAACAAUACAUGAGGUAAUGAGAUAUUCUGGGAUAUGGAUAGAAAACUUUAAAAAGGACCAAAUGGAAAUUCUAGAUUUGAAAAAUAAGAUGGCUAAAAUAAAAACCACACUGGAUGGGCUAAACACCAAAUUGGACUUCACAGAAGAAAGAAUAAGUGAAUCUGAAGACAAAUAGGCCUUAUCCACACUGAAGCAGACAGAUUGAAAAAAAAAAAAACCUGAAAACAUUAACAACAUCACUUUGCAUUGAUAUAUUCUGACUGAGGAUAUAUGACAUUGGGAUCAGAGUAAGAGGAGAAAGAAAAAGGGCAGGAAAAAAUAUUUGAAGAAAUAAAGACUGAAAAACUUUCCAGAAGCUCACAACAUUCUAAGUAAGACAAAUACCGAGAAAUCACAGCCAGGCAUAUCAUAGGCAACAGCUGGAAACCAAAGAUAAAAAGGAAACUUACAAGUGGAGGAAGAAGACAAAUCCUCUCCCAUCCUCCACCUCCCCCCCACCCCCCCCACCCCCGUUUCUGGGAAGUGUUGCUUCCUGUCCCCCUGGCUGGUGGCUGGGACCCAUCUAUGUAGGAGGCUUGGAGGCCAGGUGGGCCUCAGUCUUGUACCCACUGGGGCUCUGAGGACAGAGUCCACUUCUCAGUGGGGUCACUCUGGUGCUCUUACAGCCGUGCUCUCACUUUCACAACUUCAGUCGGAGGUCACUAGCUCUUCAAGUGUGUUUUGCUCCCCUCUGCUGCUGGGAACCCUCCUCCUUCAGAACCCCUCCCACCAUCUCCCUCUCCCCCACCCCCCAGGGCUGGGCCUCCUGGGUCGCCUGUGUCUGAAUAGUAGGUUUGCACCUGUGCUGUGUGGGUGCUGACUUCAGUGAAAUGAAAUUGGGAAUUCAUCCACAAGCCUUGUGACGGCCUUUCUUCAGACAUAGCUGACGGUGGAUGGAGGCUUGGAGGACCAGUCAGCCUCUUGUGGGCCUUGUCAGCAUCUCUGGCACCAUCCCACACUGCGUUCUUUGCUUGCCGUAUGCCAGCCACAGUGGCCUUUGGGUCUGUGUACAUUCUUUUCAUCCUCCGGCCUUUGCACCUGUUGUUCCUGUGUCUGCAGUUUCCCUGCAGACCUCCUGUACAGAGAGAUUGAUUACCCAUUCAUCGUCUUCCCCAAAAACAUUCUCUGACCUCCCUGAUUAGGACAAAUGCUCCUUAGGACUUGCCUUCAUGCUGUGUCUUUUCCUGUGAGUGUCUGGCACAACUGUCACUCCGUUUUGUGAUAACUGUGUCCAUCCUUGCCCCCCUUGCCUGUGAGCUCUGCAAAGGCAGGAACCCUUUCUGGUUUUGCCCAUUUUGUAUUCUCCAGUCCUGGGCACAGAGCCUGGGGUCCAUUAACUGCUCUGCUAAUAUCUUGUGAGUGAAUGGAUGGAUGGGUGCAUAGGUGGACAGUUGUAGGCAGCAGUUUGGCUGAGCAUGUCAGCAGUUCCUCUGGGAGUGACUCAGAGAAACUCAAAGGUUUUUCUCCUGAGGACUGACUGCCAUGUAUCAUGUGUUUCCCAGGAGUAUCUCUUAAUACAGAAUCUAGUUCCUCUUAGCCAUUUCACACUCAGCACCAGUCUGGCUAUAGUGCAGCACCCUGUAACAGGUGCUUUCAUCUUCCUGCCUCCACCCGGGUGUGGCCACAUCUGCUCCUGCUGCUCCUAGAGGUCAGUGUAUCAACUCCCUUUGGGAGGCUAAAAAGUCAUGUUAAAGAAGUGUUCCUGGACUCAGGCAACCAGGGGUUCUGUGGGAGGAAGAAACCUCUGUUUGGUUACACCAGCCUCAGAAGUCAAUAGCUGCAACGUACUGGGCAUGGAUGGGCAAGAGCUCUGAUAUUGCGACAGUGCUGUCGUCACAGGGCUUCCUGAACAUACAGGAGGGAGGUCACUUCCGAGUCACACAGCUGAGAAGCAGCGGGGGCAGGAGAGGAACCUAACUCUUUGGGCUCAAGAACUUAGGGCUCCCUUGAAAGCUAGUUCGCUUGUUUCCAGAGUGUGGCCUGGCUUGGGAAAUUGGUGCCCUAUUGACAGUUUCGUAGCAACAGUAGCUUCCCUGCUGAUGAGGAGGAGCCAGGAGACCAUUCCCCUUCGCCACAAUAGGAAGCUGAGGGUGGGGGACUUAACGGGGGCAGAUGGUAAGCCGGCUAGGGCACAGACCCUCGAGCAUAGGAGCAGAUCUGUGCCCCUUCCCCUGGCGCCUGCGCACUGCAGCUCCGUUCCCCGCCCAACCCCGCCCGGAUGGCCCGGGUUUUCAAAUUUGAAACCUGCUCCUUUUCCCGCCUGAACGUGUGGACCAGCAGAGGGAGAGGGCGGGGCCGCACGCGGCCAAUAGUGCCCCGGAAGCUCCCCGGCCCCGCCCCGCAGGUGACGCCAGCGAGCCCCAGGAGGCAGCCGGCAAAUGGGCGAGGGUGCCCGCCGGCCCCGCCCCUGCGGCGCCCACGUGCAGCAGCUAAGACCAUGGGCCGCUGGAGACCCUGGGCUCCCGGAGUACCAUUCUAGGUGCAGAGCCUUCGCUGUCAGCUUGGGGCUGGAAACCGAGGCCCUGAGAUACCUAAGCAGGCCCUAAGCAGUCGGCGCGGGGUCGCUGGGCGAAAUGGGCAAGACGCAGCCCCUUUCAGCCCGGGGGUUCACUCGUAAGGCGGGGGCCGGAAUCGGCGCCCCUCGCAGUCCCGGCAGUCUGAGGAGAAGGGCGGGCUCGGAGAGGUGGUCGGCUGCUCCUCGGCCCCUUCCUAGGGGGCGGGGUCCAGAGCUGGGCGGUCCCGGGGGCGGGGUGUCCCAGGGGCGGGGCCGGCCCCUGUGUUUGUUGCACCGUGUCAGUUACAUUGUAACAAAAGUGGUGCAGCCGCUUCGCUCUUCGGGCCAGCACCCUAGGCCCACCCGCCGCCACCCGUCGCCGACAUGGAACCCGUGGCCAGCAAUAUCCAGGUGCUGCUGCAGGCGGCCGAGUUCCUAGAGCGCCGCGAGAGAGAAGCCGAGCACGGCUACGCGUCCCUGUACCCGCACCGCAGUCCAGGCCCAGUCUACCGGAGGAGGAAGCGAUCGCCCCAAGCUUCUGGCGCGCUGGACAGUGGGCGGAAGCCCUUCCUUUGGACCCCACAACCACCAGAGCAGGCCUCCCAGCAUUUGGCCCCAGCAUGUCUCUGCCUCUGCCUGCGGACCCCAGUGCUCAAGGUCUGUGCACAACGAGCUGGAGAAACGCAGGUGAGUCGUAGCUUUGCCCUGACAGCACUGGGCCCAGGAACCAACCCUCUAUGGCCUUUCCUCCCCCUGCUGUCCCUCUGGCCUGCCAGGCUGGGCUGGCACUGCCCUCCAGAUCCCUCCUCCCACAGGAGGGCCCAGCUGAAGCGGUGCCUGGAGCAGCUAAAACAACAGAUGCCGUUGGGGGCUGACUGUGCCCGCUCUACCACACUGAGCCUUCUGCGCUGGGCCAGGGUGCAUAUCCAGAAGCUGGAGGAGCAGGAGCAGCAGGCGCGGCGGCUCAAGGAGAAGCUGCGUAGCAAGCAGCAGAGCCUGCAGCGGCAGCUGGAGUGGCUCCGGGGGCUGGCAGGGCCGGGUGAGAGGGAGCGGCCGCGGGCAGACAGCCUGGACUCUUCAGGCCUCUCCUCCGAGCGCUCAGACUCAGACCAAGAGGAGGUGGAGGUGGACGUGGAGAGCCUGGUGUUCGGGGGCGAGGCUGAGCUGCUGCGCGGCUUCAGUGCGGGCCAGGAGCACAGCUACUCACACAGCAGCAGCACCUGGCUAUGACCUUCACCGCUCCGGAGCGGGCCUCUACCCGCAGACUGUCCUCUGCUCUGCCAGGCAGGAGCCCUCCCCAAGCCUCCAGGGCUGCUCGGAGUCACCUCCUGUUGGAAUGAACUAAAAGGACCUUUAGGUGGGAAUAGGUGCCUGCCCCCCCACCCUGCCGCUGGCUGUCGGCAGUCCCUCCCGGUGGGGGGGUGCCUGGGCUUCCCCUGAGCCCUGCAGGGCAGGCAGCUUGGUCUGGGCCAUCCUUCCAGGCCCUCUUUGUAGCACUUAGCUCCACUAUCCCCAAGUGGGGCGGGGUGGGAAGCUUCUUAAGCCCUCACAUUCCUUCCUAGAGAAGGCAUCCUGGCCUUUGUCCCAGAUACUAUACAGUAUUUUCAUUAAAAGCCUCUUUACUAA